AAAAAUCUAGAUCAGAUUGUUGACUGCUGACAUAGGUGAAGGUUUUCUUUCGGUCUAAAUAAAAGUGAAAAACAAAACUGUGAGUCAUGUUCCGGUCGAUGCGCCGAGUGUUCGAAAGUGUAGAGAAGACUUUACACACGCUUGCCUCGCACGGGGAAGCGGGUGAGAAGCCUUGGGACGAUGAGCCAAACCUUUACAAGAAAGACAUCAUGAUCUGUGGCUCACACCUCAGAGACGGGACGGACGUUGAGAUCAAGAUAGAAGCUGUGAGGAAAAUGGGACAUUUGGCCUACACAGGCGGGACGGAGGCGGCGAAAUGCGCAGGGACCUACCUCCCGAUCCUCGCCCAAAUACUCAAAGACGAAGCAUCAUCAGCGACCCUUAAGACGGAAGUGGUCAAGGCUCUGAGCGAGCUCUGCCGAGCACACAAGGACAACUGCGACCGCGUCUACCAAGAGCUUGACCUCAUGCCGAUCCUGGCCAAGUUCGUCGCUUCCCACUUCGACCCGAGGCUGGUGCGGUGGUCCUGCUACGCUCUGGUCGUGCUUUGCGCGUCAGGCACCAAGGUGGUCCGAGCGCUGAUAGACCACACCAAGACGGACGGCGGCAAUUUCAAGGAGUGUCUGGAGGAGAUGGAGGAGAUAUCUUGGAAGGGUUGGCCAAGGAAUUACGCGGCGGUGCUUAGAGAUUUCCUGGGGCACGUGAAAGUGGACUUGAAUGUUAAAUGAAACAAUUUGACGAAUGAUGUGUCUUACUUGUGAUGAUGACAUAUCAAAGGUAGACCUAAAGUGAAAACAUUGAGGUUUAGUUGUGGCCAAAAAGGGUGUUGGAUGCUGGGGGUGUUUUGAGUUCAUGAUGAUCAAUUCGGCUAUGACAUAACAGCAGAAUACAUCACUAGUAAAGUUAUCAAGUGAAUGUGGUUUGGACAUGAACUUGGAAGCUCAUCUGUGAAACGCCAUGCUAUAUGAACUGAAAACUGAUGAAACGCAUUUAUCAUGUAAGUUAACACAAUUUGUGGGCUCAGUUCCUUUAGAGACUUACCGUAGGAAAUCCAUUCAUUGUAGUGGAAACCAACCAACUCGUCAAGAUGAAUCAAGGAACUACCGGCCAAACAUCUAGUGCAGACCCCUUCAAGUGCAUACUUACUUUAUGACGCCUGAGACCGCUCAAGUGUCCACUUAAUUAACGUGUUGUCCAUCACAAAAUGCGAAGUCAAGAAGAAAGAAAAAACCUGUUGAAUAAGUUGUGCCCUGGACUAUCGCUACUGAGUACUUCGUAUCCGUCCUUGCUUAGCUCACAAACCAGAGAUUCUGCCCCGGUUUGAAUCACAAGAGCAUCGUGCAUUGACACCGCUCCCACGUGGUCCGGUUCUCUGUUCAUCCCUGUUCAGUGGGUGAAAGGGCCGUGCGAAGGACAACAGUGCUGGAAAAAAUGGGGGAAGCAACAAAAUGAACAUGAGGUCCGAUGAGCUGAAAGUCUAAAGUGUAAAUAUCUUCCAACGGCUACUGGAGUCACGGUCUGCACUGCCUGAAUCUCAUUCAUCGUGAAGAUCAGAACACAAAGGACUCACGCUCAGUGAACACAUAAAGCUAACAGUAAACUCUUGUUCGCACAUACUUAAAAUGUUAUUCGAAUCACUAUGACGAUUGUUAACAUUAAGUCGAGCUAUUACGAGUAUUCAGAAGUUCACAAGGGACCGAACACAGACAUCCACAUCCAAUAGCUCAUUAUACAGCAUUACAUAAAGAUAAUACUCAUUACAAUGUAUUAAACCUAUAAUACAAGUUCAAAAUUUGUCUAUAUUAUGCACAAUUAAGCAUUUUGUUUUCUUUCACUUAGCUUGUAAAUUAUGUUGCAAUCCGGCAAGCAUAGCUUUGCUGGACUAUGCUGGCAGCAAACA